AAAAUGAUAUGGUUUGUGUCUAAUAUUCCUGUAGAACAUACUGUUACUCUAUAGCACACAGCGCAGUAUGUGUGUGUGUUAUGCUGAGGCGCUGGUGGGUGGAGAAAAGGCUGGUCACCGGUGCAGCAGAGAUCAUGAUAUUUGGCGAUUCCUAUGAAAUGGACUGUGCUUUGAUCUUUCACAGUUGAUGGAUCAGUAUUUGAAUGAUGAUGUCCUCCUUACGGGCCUGAUCACACCAUGGAUCAGAUGACAAUGAUCUCUCCCACUUUAGAUUUCUCUAGAUCUGAAGAGGGAGACAAUGCGCAUGUUUCAGAAAGCCUGCUGUCGCUUAUAGAGGACAGGAAGAAGACUGAACAAUCUAUGGAGUUGCAUUUGGAGGCUCUGAAGGUCAAACGCAAGCAGCAGGUGGAGAAUUUAGAGCUUCAGCACCAGACUGGCCUGGAGAAGAGGGUCCUGCAGAACUCACUGCUGACCACCAGCACUGAGUGGAUGCUUAAAACCAAUAUAGUGCAGCAGAGCAUCAGCGAUCAUGAUGGGCCGGAUCGUAAACACCACAGCUCAAAAAUGGUUGUUCGAAAUUCUACCUCAAAUAGAAUUAAGGCAGCAAGAACUACUGGAAGCCGUUAUUUGGGAACAGAGAUAGAGAGAUACAGGAAGCCUCUUCCCCAAGACUCACGGAAAGCCAAAGAGGAGGCAGAUUUGGCUGAGUGUCAGAAACAGUUUCGUGUGGCUCCUGUCCCUGAGCACAUCUCUAAAGCUCUUUACGAUGGCCUCAUGCAUGAACAGGAGCGCUUGAGGCAGGAAGGUCGUGAGCAGAGAAGAGAUUUCCUCUUGACCAUGCAGAAGCCCUUCAUGUUCCUCAAGAGGGAGGAGAAAAAGCGAGAGAGGCUGAGGGAGGAGAAGGCCUCUGCCAAUAAAAGUGUAAAAACACAACCGGUUCAUGUGAGGAAACCAAUACCGAAAUCAGUCUCAGACCCCAGGUUCUCUGAACGAUUGAAAGAACAGGAUCAGCAAAGGCAGAUGCGCAUUCAUCUGAGAGCUCAACAGACUCUGAAAGCCGCUUCAGCUCCUAUUCAAGAGCAGGAAGCCAGUGCUGAUAAGCAGCCUCGCAGCACUCAGAAGAGCAAAAGCAAGAUGCUGGGUUAUUUGGACCAAGAGCUCUCCUUCAGACCUAAAAUUAACACCACUGUACCUGACUUUGACAAGCUCCACCAGGCCUUUCAACAGAAGUCAAUGGAGACGACAGAAAGGCGAGACGUUACUCAGUGUAAACCCUUCCAGCUGCGCACAUCCACACUACAGCCUCGCCACCGGAGUCCAGAAAACUCAAAGAAUUCUACAGACAAGGUGACUAUAAAGAGAAGCAGUUCGUUUGGUGGCCUGACAUCUCUAUCUAUGGAUACUCUUCCAACGUACAUAACAGAUGCUGCGAGGAAAAGAUCUAUGGCUGUAAGGAGAUCUCUGGAGCUAAAGGACCUGAAGGAGCAGGAGAAUGCAGACUGGAUGAAGCAGCACAGAAUCAGAUCUCAGGCUAUGAGCAAAGCAGUGGCGAUGAGAGCAAAAGCAAUGGACCCCCAUAAGAGUCUCAAAGAGGUCUACCAGGAGAAACUCAAACAGCAUCGGCUAGCUGAUCUGGAGAGAAUAAAAGAUUAUCAAAGAGAGCUGAAGGAAAUGAAAACACGAGUGACAGUGCGUCCAUAUCUCUUUGAGCAGGUUUCGCAGAAAAAUGCCAAAAAUAAUGCUGAACGCAGGUAUAGGAACACUUUAGAACAAGCAGGCUUGGACGAAAACUUUGUGAGAUCAAAAGGAGAAAGGAAAAAGGGCAGUGAUGUGGACAAUGACUCUGCGGAUGAGGAUCAUCACAGCACUGAAAGCGAAACUCAAAAGAGUACAGGAAGUGAGGAGGACGGCGUCACAAAUGAGGAGGAAAAAGAAGUGCAUGUGGAAACCAAAGAGGAAGAGACGUGCUGACAGAAAACGUGUAUAACAUCGAUAUUCCAUAUGUGAAGGGGAGACUGAUGGAAAAAAUCACUGGCAGAUCAUUUCAGUUUUAAAGGGGGUCAUGAAAUGCUGUUUCAGUCUUUUAUAUUAAGUUCCUCAAUGUUGCUUUAAAGCUUGCAUAGAUUCUUGUCACAAAAAAUGUAUCAUUUUGCUAAAAAUAAUUGUUUGCGUUCUAAGUGUUUUGCAUAUCACUAUCUGUACAUUGUCAUUACCUUUUACAGAAACAACAAAAACA